AUGUCUGAUACAGAUCCCAUUGUGUGGAAAGAUGCCAAGAAGCGGUGUGGACAGGUCGUCAGCAGGCGCAUGUGGCUCUGGACGUACACACCCAUUGGGCUAUUUCUCGUGGGUGGGCCCGUUUUCUUUUCCGUGUUUGGCUCCUCAUCUCUACAAUUUGAUCACGACUUUGGGGACAGCAUAGGCAACCGAAUCAUCCAAAUGUCUAACUCCGACUAUGGAUUCGAUUGCUUCAACACAAGUACGGCGACAUUGCUCGCUUAUUGUCUCACGACGAACUUGCCUCAACUCGCUAUUUCGACCUCUUGCUUCACCUUCAGUUCUCUAUAUUCGACUAUUUUCCAAGGCAAAUACUGGGCGGACUUCGCUGUGAAAGCUCAGCAGCUCCGGUCAGACGAUAUACGUAAUGCCAUUGCAAGCGUCUCUUUUUGGCAUUCCGAGUUCGAAUUCAAUGACGUUGACGUGUAUAUGGGGUCUUCCGUUCAAGCCAUGAUCCCCGGUCUUGUUAUUGCCGCAGUCGCUGCUGGGAUUCCGGUCAUCCUCAGCUUUCGCCCCCUGCCUUUGAAGUCCGUCAUCGUUGGCACCGACUCGGCGGUCAUUGCGAGUUACUCUCCGUCUAACACACCAUCGGACAGGCAGGACGAAGACUUUGAGUGUCGACAGAAUCCAGGCAUCCAACUUGAUAAUCUCAUGAGGUCGCGCAGGGACAUCGGAAGGCUGAGAUGGGGCGUACUGGAUCUCGGAAGCGAACGAAAUCAGCGGCCGGGUGUCCUUGGUCUGGGUACCGAGGAGGAAGUCAUCAAAGUCUCCCCCAUUGCUGGCCACAAGUACAUUUCAGUUGCUUCAGCCUCCGAUGGUGUCAACCACUUCUACCGAGGCCAAGCCGCCUGA